AUGCCUCGGGUCAUGCAACUAUCUCAUUCCUCUCGCUCGCACAGCUUGCAGGUGUGCAUCGUGCUGGCUGUGAGUCUCGCCGCUGUCGUUCUCGCUGGCGCGCCAUCGAGUCCACGGCCGGCCUUCAACUAUGGCGACCCAGAUCCAGACUCGCAGAGGCUGGUCUCUACCCGCAACUUAGAGUCGGCGCGCAUCCACCAGGCUGUUCAGCACGAUAGCUCGGGGUACGGCGUUCUUCGGCUGCCAGGCGAUCCGAUUAUCGAGCGCUUUGGCGCUGAGAUCGGUGCCGGCGAGGGCAUUGUGGCCAGUUUUCACUUGCCCAAGGAAGUUGAUCCUGCCUCGUCUGAGGGCUUGACUGCGCCUUUUUCGGCGCAUUUUACCGAGCUCUCGGGCGUGCUGAUCGAGAGAGUAUAUCCCUUUGAUGCAGCCGAGGUCUGCAUCAACGUCUCGCUCACCAUUACCAGCCCAUCGCGAAAGAACAAGGCGUUUACGUCUGGCAGCACCUGGCCUGACUCGAGCUCGGUCUAUGCCGUCAUGCGCGAGUCUGCGGUGAUCACCGUACCAGGCUCGAGCUCACCCACACUCCUUGGCGGUGACAGCUGGCGCGCUCUGAUGGACGCCGCCUGGGCCGAGGGCAACGCGCCUGGCUCACCCAUCGACGGGCGUUACCUCAUGCUUGUUUUCCGUGGCUGCAAUGUGGGCUACGGUCGCGCCCACCCGUGGCAUUUUGACGACGAUGAUGAUGACCAGUUGGCAUCCGACGCCAUGACGACGCCUGAGCAUGCCACCAUUGGGCUCAGCUCGCCAAUGACGCUCGUCCUCGACCUGGAUCGCGGAUGCCCCAAGUACACGCCUGUGACCGGCGUGACUAUUGUUGGCAGCAAGUCCGCGUCGUACAACAAGACUGUCGAGCUCGAAUGCACCGCACCUAACAGCGCCAUUGUCGGGGCCGAGCCUGGCGCGGUUGCGCUUUCGGUCUCGCUCUCUAUCUCGGGCUGCGUCGUUCUCGUCCUCGCUGUUACCGUCUGCGUGGUUCUGGCGCGGAAGAUGCUUAAGCGCCGGCGCCCGGGCUUGCGGCGGAUAGCGUCGUCCAAACACACGCUUCACUCGCCGCGACGGGCCCAGACCGAGUUGACGACGCUACCGCCAGCAGCCAGCGGACCAGUUGUGGUACUUUUGGUCAUUGUCGACGACGCCGACAUCCUCUGGGCCGACGCCCCUGGGCCGAUGGAUGCGGCAUGGCGGCUGUUCAUGGCAGCAGCCUCGCGCAUUGUACAAGUCCAUCGCGGCUACGGCGUCGAAUGGCGGGCACACACGUUUGCCGGCGCGUUUCCGCGCGAUGCCGCGCUGGACGCGGUCGUCGCCGCCGUCGCACUGCAGAACGAGCUCAUCUCGCUACCGUGGCCCGAGGCGCUGUUGGGCCACACUGCGGCGGCGGCGGUUCCGGUGGAGAUGACUCGCGGCGACCCGCGGUUGACGCAUGACGCUGUCGGCUAUGUCUGGCGUGGCCUCCGGAUUCGGGUUGCAGUCGACACCAACGUGCUACCUGACCGUCUGGACGUCGAGCGGCUGCUCGUCCCGUCGAUUGACGAGGUGCUCGAGGUUGCCGAGGCGACGGCCGAGGCCAUCCGACCAGGCCAGGUCGUGGCGUCGGCGGAGGUGGUCUCGCUCCUCCCGUCGCCGGUGCCGUCGCCGUUGUAUCUCGACUGCAUCUCAUCGCUCUUGCCCAUCACCCGGGCUUCAUCCAUGGGCUCGCACGGCUCGCUCAACUCGUCGCUCUCACCGCCAGCCGAGCUGUACUCGGUGGCGGCCCACGGCUCGGUCCUCGCCCUCCGCGACUUUGGCCUCGGCCGGCCCAACUCUCGUUUUAGCCGACCCGCCUUUGGCGCUUUCUCGUCCGUCGGCGCCACCAUCACCAACACGCCACCACCACGCGCCCCAACUGAUCCCGAGGUCUCGGCGUCGGAGCUGUCGUCGCCCCAGCGCAGUGAGGUGCAGAUGGUGAGCGUGAGUCCGUCGCCAGACGAGAUCGCCAUCCGGAGCGGGCAAUCAGCGAGCAGGCAGAACUUGCCGAGCGCUGAGUGCGAUCCGCCGGCCUUUCUCGAUGCAUGCGGCAUUUGCUCUGGACCUGGGACAGGCCAUGUGGCGAAUGCUGAUGUGGAUGGAUGCGGGGUGUGUUUUGGGAAGAACAACGAUCUCGACGAGUGUGGUGUUUGCUUUGGCGAGAAUCGCGACAAAGAUGUGUGCGGCGUGUGCUUUGGCGGCGGAGAGCAGUGCACCGGAUGUGACGGUGUGGCUGGCUCAGGCACGCGGUCGGAUGUGUGCGGAGUGUGUGGCGGUGAUGCAAGUUCGUGUCUCGGAUGUGACGGAAUUCCAAUCCCGCUUGGCGGCGCCCACUACGAUGGCUGCGGCGUGUGCGGCGGGAGCUCGGGGAUUGGCGAGUGCGCGACAGGGUGCAGCCCGGACGGGAGCGGUGUGUACGAUUGUGCCGGCGAGUGCGGCGGAUCUGCAUACAUGGAUGGAUGCGGCGCGUGCGUGGGCGGAAGUACUGGUCGGACCGAAUCGUUUGCCCGCGACGACUGCGAAAUGUGCUGGGGCGGGAACGCGGCCAAGGACACGUGUGGGGUCUGCUUUGGCACCAACGCAGCACUGGACUCGUGCGGGGUGUGCCACGGAGGCGAUAGAGCCCGCGAUGGCUGUGGGCGCUGCUGGGGUGGCAACAAGACGAUGGAUGUGUGUGGCGUGUGCGGCGGCAACUCGACGAGCUGUGCAGGCUGCGACUGGGUGGUCGGCUCGUCGGCGAGGGUCGACUCGUGUGGCGUGUGUGGCGGAACGAGUUCAUGCAUCAAGUCGGGCUCAUCAUCGUCGUCGCUCGGAACCACCAUUGCGGUGACGGUCUCUCUCGCGCUCUGCUUCCUCUGCUCUGCAAUCGGCCUCAUUGCUGCGCUGUUCUUCUUCACCACUCGCGGCUCUCAUGCUGUGUCGCCCAUCGACUCGGAACAGGCAGAGACCGGCAGCGACGGUGAGGCGAUCUCACCGCCCGACGGUGUGGUUAUAGUCUUUACAACCAUGGUCAAGGGCGCAGAGCUGCUACGGGCCGAGAUUCCGGCAGCACUCAACACGAGCUGUCAGAUCUACCGCAAGGUUGUCCGGGCUGUUGUCAAGGAGUACCGCGGGUACGUUGUGACGACAUCAGGUGGGAUGAUUACGGCUGUGUUUCCCGCUGACCAGGCGGUGGCUGCGGCAACUGCGGCCAUGACGAUCCACGAUCGACUGGUCGAGGCCGAGUGGCCCAAGGAGAUUUUGACGCAUCGGCGUUGUCGGUCGAAGAUCGGGCGGCCGAUCUGGAACGCACCAUUUGGGCGGCUGAUGUACAUCUGGCGCGGGCUUCGAGUGUGCGUUGCUCUCCAUGCCUGCCUCCUCGAGCGUGAGACGUUUCCAGAUGGCUCAGUCAUGUACUCGGGCUCUGGACUUGGGUUGGCCUCGACGCUUGCACACAUGUGCGAUGCAGGCUCGGUGGGUGUUUCGAUCUCUACGCUGGAGAUGUUUCCCUCGCCCAUGCCGUCCCACAUGGCGAUUUCGCCGAUGGCUGGGUCAGUGCGUAGUCAGCGGAGAGCGCACGGCGCACAAAUGCCGGAUGCGUACUCGCUGGUCGCGUUUGGCCACGUGGUCUCGGAGCGGCGGUUUGGCGAGAGAGAUGCGAGUGCCUCUGCAUUGAUGAGCAUCUCGUCCAAGGAGGACGAGCAGUCGACACAGUUUCUUGGUGGCAUCACGCGGUCGUCAGUGCGUGACUCGUUUGUGUCGAAUGCCAACAGCCGAUCGGGACACACAAUCGAGUUGACUCCGGCCGAAAUCUCGCUUGUCUCGGGCUCGACAGGCCCAGCGCGGGGACACCGUAGAUCAUCAACGCGGGCCGAGCCAGACGUGAUCAACUUUGCGUCGGUUCACUCGCCGCUCGAGUCGCCAGGCGUUCAGCGGGCGAUUGCUGCAGUGGCGGCUGCAACCGAGGCUGCCGAGUCUAGCGGACGGCGGCGAAGCUUAUCGCUGCGACCCGACGGUGAGUUUGAUUUGUGGUAG